CUAGCAUAUGGCGCCGGAAAAUGCGCCGCCGCGCGUGCUGUUGGUUUAUAGCGCCAAAAACUAAUCAAAGUGACGACAUCGCAGUUGCUGCUGUGAGUCUUGACAGGAUUAAAGGCCGCGCCGCGGACAGGUGCGACGCGUCGCUCAUCCACCGGCGUACGUCGAUUGUGAGCGUAAAUCAGAUAGGAAGGCGGACACUGAGAUGGAGGCCAGUCGGGCGGGGCAGGGCAGGGUAGGGCUGUGCGAUAUGUUGCCCACGCCCACCGCUGGCAAAGCGCCCACGAAGCCAAGCAACGAGCGGCCCAAUCUCAACAAUGGCUACCUGCAGGCGAACGCGCUCGAGGAUCUCAGCUCGACGGCGGUUUCGCCGCUGCUCGGCCAACAGCUGCCACAACAGAUGCCGCAACUGCUGCCAGCACAGCAGCAACACCACCAGCAGCAGCAGCAGCAGCAGCAACAGUUGCCGGCACCACAGCAGCAACUUAAGCUACCGACGGUGGUUUUCCUUAGUCCCGAUGGCAGUGGCGCCGUGGGCAGCGCCUUGCAGCGCAAUGCGCCGGCUACAGCUGCGGGAGCAGGUCCUGGUUCCGGCUCCGGCUCCGGCAUUGGCUCAGCUCCAGCUGUUUCAGCUCCAUCCGUUGCCAGCGAUUGGCUGCUGCUGAAGGAGGCGCAGCAUCGGCGCCGUCUACUGAUCCUGGCCAUCGCCUUCACCGUGCUGGGCGCGGCCAUCGGCGCUCUGGCCAUCUACUUUGCCAGCGUCCAUCAGCGAUGCCAGCUCUAUCCGCGCAGCGGGCCACAGGAUGCAGGCGAUGGCAGCCUUAACCUGGAUGGCAGUCACAACAACAUCUGCAUGACACAGGAAUGCGUGCGAACAGCUGCUUCACUGCUGUCCGCCAUGGACCUAACGGCAGAUCCGUGCGAAGAUUUCUUUCAAUUCGCAUGCGGCACAUGGAACAAGAUGCAUCCCAUACCAGAGGAUCGCAGCUCGAUCAGCACCUUUGAGGUGCUCUCCGACCAGCAGCAGCUGGUCUUGCGUGGCGUCCUGGAGGAACCAGUCGAUGAGCACGACAACGCGGCCACGGUCAAGGCGAAGGCGUUCUUCAAGAGCUGCAUGGAUCUGCCUCAGAUACGCAAGGUUGGCGUCGGUCGCCUCAAGAGGGUGUUGCGCUCCCUGGGCGGCUGGCCGGUGAUCGAGCGCAACUGGCAGCCGCCGGCGAACUUGAGCGUGGAGCAGGUGAUGGGCCAGCUGCGCUUCAACUAUAGCGAAUCGGUGAUGAUCGAGCUGUAUGUGGGAGCUGACGAUAAGAACAGCUCCGUGAACAUUAUCCAGAUGGAUCAGCUGCAGUACGCGCUGCCCUCGCGCGACUACUACCUGAAGCCGAACAGCGAGAACGAUCGUCAGGCUUACCACAAGUACAUGACCCAGAUCUCAUUGCUGCUGGGCGCCGAUCCGGCCACGGCGGCCGACGAGCUGCGGGAAGUGAUUCAGUUCGAGACGGAGCUGGUGAACGUGUCGCUGGCGGAGGCGGAUCGGCACGACACGAGCGCCGUUUAUAAGAAGCUGACGCUGCCGGAACUGCAGAAGCGGGUGCCGGAGCUCAACUGGACGGAGUAUUUGCAGACGGCCGUCGGGCCGGGCAUUCAGCUGGACGCGAAUGAGCCGCUGGUGACCUACGGCCUGGUCUACCUGACCGAAAUGGGUCGGAUAUUGCGCGAGACGGACCUGCGGGUGGUCCACAACUAUAUGCUCUGGCGCCUGGUCAUGUCCCUGAUGACGCACAUGAUCGACGAGUAUCAGCGCGAGCGCGUGGAGUUCCGCAAGAUCCUGCUGGGCAUACAGUCGGAGCGGACACGCUGGUCGCAGUGCGUCGAGUGGACCAACAAGAAGCUGGGCGUGGCCGUUGGCGCUCUGUUCAUACGGGACAAUUUCAAUCAGGACAGCAAGGAGGUGGCCCUCGAGAUGAUACACAAUAUCCGGGCCGCAUUCAAUGAGCUGCUCGCCGAGAACCACUGGAUGGACGACGAGACGCGCGCCGUGGCCAAGGAGAAGGCGGACUCGAUGAACGAACGCAUCGGCUACCCGGAGGUGCUCACCAAUGUCACGGAGCUGGAGCAGGAGUAUGUGAACCUGACGAUCGUUCCGGACAAUUUUCUGGACAACGUGUUCAGCAUUCUGCAGUGGGAGUCGGAGAAGCUGCUCAAUUUGCUGCGCCAGCCGGUGGACAAGGAGAAAUGGACCACAGAGCCCGCCGUGGUCAAUGCCUUCUACAAUCCCAACAAGAAUGAUAUAGUAUUUCCGGCUGGCAUUUUGCAGCCGCUGUUCUAUAGUCAGCACUUUCCAAAGUCCUUGAACUAUGGCGGCAUCGGCGUGGUGAUCGGCCACGAGAUCACCCACGGCUUCGAUGACAAGGGACGGCAGUUCGACAAGGAGGGCAACAUGAUGCAGUGGUGGAACAAUGCCACAAUUGAGGCAUUCCGGGAGCGCACCCAAUGCGUCAUCGAUCAGUAUUCGCGCUACAAGAUCAACGAGGUGGACAUGUUCAUGGACGGCCGCAUGACCCAGGGCGAGAAUAUCGCCGACAAUGGCGGCCUCAAGCAGUCAUUUCGAGCCUACAAGAAGUGGGAGAGGCUGAAUGGACGCGAGCAGCAGCUGCCGGCGCUCAAUAUGACGCACGAUCAGCUCUUUUUUCUCAACUAUGCACAGAUCUGGUGCGGCAGCAUGCGGCCGGAGGAUGCGUUAACCAAGAUCCGAUCCUCGGUGCAUUCGCCCGGCUUUGUGCGCGUCCUUGGGCCGCUUUCGAAUUCACGUGACUUUGCGAAUGCCUACAACUGUGCCGUGGGCACCACCAUGAAUCCGGCGAAGAAGUGCAGCGUCUGGUAGUCAUGAGAACACAAUCCCGAGGACACGAUCAUCAGCAUGUUCCUGGCGACGACGGAUCGCGAGCGAAUCACAUCAUGCUCAUCAUCACAAACAACGUUUGGUCAGCUACUGAGAA